UUCACCGGGCCCCGCCGGGCGUGUUUUAGUAGGACCCGUAACAAUGUGAGUACAUUUAGCUUAUUUCGAUUUCCUACGCUUCUUUAGUGUAUUGUGUAAAUGUUAUUACAUACACUGAUUAUCAGUUGUUCGUAUGUGUAACGGCAAAGAUGGAUUGUUCGAGUUCUAAAGCUCGAAUCCGUAGUGAUGAAACAGAUGUUCCAAUAUCUGACCGAGCUAUGUUAGUCCUCUCGCGUGCGGCAAAACGAAGUGUUCAAAAGCAGCAAAGGCAACUCUUAAUGGAAAGCAAUAUUAAGUACAGACGUUAUCUAAAGUCAAGUGGAGACGGCGUAGGUCGGCGUAAAAAGCCCACAGUCCAUGAUGAUCGGUGCGCUAUGCAUUCUGCUCCUCCUGCAAUACAUCAUGUAAAACUUCGAGAUUCUUCUUUAUUUCAAAAUACUCCGAGGAUCGUCAUUAUCAAUGCUAGCCAAGGUAGUGAACCAUCUAGUAAUACAGAUCGAACCGACAGUGGUCCCAAAGUGAGCAGGAGUCGUGAAAUAACUGCAAGAUCUGCUGUACAAACUCAAGAUUUUUCCGACACUGUUGAAGAAGAACUUGCCAAACCAGAGUUUUAUGAUAAUGAGAGUCCAACCAACGUUAACCUGGCUAAGCAACCUUUUGUGACACCAAGGUCAACGGUGAGUUCAAUGAAUUGGGCGUGGGUUCAUGAACGCUUGGCCAGUCGUGAAUCCAAUACCACGCGACCAGAAACUUCAAUGACUUUCCGGGAUUUUCUUGAUGGUUUGGAUCCACAGUCUGAUGAGUAUGACACAGAUCUCGAAGAUGAUUUUGUUAAUUAUCACCCAGAAGUUGCAGAUUUGACUGGGGCAACUCACUACAAAAAGAUUUGCUGUCAAAGAAGUGUACCGACAUCUCAGAAAAUUGUGGAAAAGUUAUCUGAUAAAAACUUUCAAUUUUUAUUGCAUCACAGAUCACUCAGCAGUAAAGAUACACUUGCAUUGUCUGCUGCUUUGUUACACAAUACAUUUGUUGAACAACUUGAUCUAUCUGGUAACUCAAUCAAUGAUGAUGGAGCUAAGCAUGUCAUAGACAUGUUGAAGAAGAAUUCAAAUAUAUGUCGCUUGAACCUGGGAUCUAAUCAGUUAAAAAAUGAUUCUGGGUACUAUAUCUCAUCUAUGCUGUGUACCAAUACAUCAUUGACGCAUAUUUGCAUCAGCCACAACACACUGGCUGACAAAGAAGCUCUUCAUCUUUGUGAAGCUUUAAAAUUAAACUCGACGCUUCAAUCUCUAGAUGUUAGUCAUAACCAGUUCACCGAUAGUGCAGGUCAAGCAUUUGCUGCAAUGCUGAUGGAUAAUAGCAGUCUCACCAGCUUAAACCUAUCGUGGAAUAUGCUUGGAAAGAUUGCUGCUGCAGCACUCGGGCAAUGCUUUAAAGUGAACUCAACAUUGCAAAGUUUGGAUUUGUCAUGGAAUGGCUUGGGAGACGAAGGGGCAGCUUUGUUGGGCCGCCCACUUCGUCAUAACUCUAAUUUACGUCAUCUGUCACUUGCUGUCAAUCAUAUCGGGCCUUUCGGUGCUGAACGUUUAGCUUCGAGCAUUUGCGGAAUCAAAGGAAAGAAAAUAAAAAAGACAGCGAGUGGAUUGACAACUUUGGUUCUUGAUAGAAACCCCUUAGGCAGAAAAGGCGUGAUGUAUCUUUUAAAGCAUUUGCAACAAAGUGAUGUUUUUACUGAACUUAGUAUUAAGGAGGUGGUUCUCUCCCCAGACCUGAUCGAAAUGCUAAGACAGAUGAUCAAAUCAAGGCCAAUAUGUGUUUUUUAUGAGGGGCAAAAUGAACAGGAACGAAAAAAAUGUUCAUUGUAUGGAGGAUCUGUUCACUUGCAUAGAGUUCUGGCAAGGGGAAAAAUAAUUUCUGCACAGUUCUUGAAGGCCAUUGCUACUGCAGAAAAAAUCAAAAUUGAAGAUCUUCGUAAUGCAGUUCGAAACCUCAAGAAAUGUUCCAAUGAGAUUGAAACAGAAAGAUUGAUCAGCAAUUUAGAUCCUGACAGAGACAAUUUUAUUCUUCACAAAGAAGUAGUUCCUGUUGUCUAUAAAACACCUCCAGUAAAAAAUGUUUCACGGAGAAGAAUAUCUCGGGUUAAGUUUUGAUUUUUCAUAUGCAGUUUGUAAACUACCUGUAUUGACACACUACCUAUGCUCUGAUCUAACUACUAAUUCACUGUGAGUUUAUAUUAUCUUACCUUCAAGCACACAACUUCAUUGCACACCUUGUGAGAUUAAUAGUAAUAUAUUCCUGUUAUUGUACUUCUGUACUUUUUGUAAUAAAUAAAAAAAA